UGUUCGUCGCCUCAGCUAGAGCGCUAGCCUGCAAAAUCGCCACAACGAUUGAGUAGAAUUAAAAAACUGAAAAUCAGUUUUUCGUAUUCUCUCAUUUGUGACGGUUCGUUCGGUUCGUAGGAUCCGGUUGGUGUUUUAUUUUUGUGUGUAAACUUUCUCUUGUCUUGCCGCCGCAUUCGUUUUGUUUAUGUCGUUACACCAAAAAGUUGACCAACCCCAUAAUAUUGUACAAAACCGAGCAUCAUUAAAUAGAUAAAAUCUAAAAAUAUUGUGUUGUCACCAUAAAAAAGGUCAACCAACCUAAACACUAAAAAAAAACAUAAUAAAUUUCUAGUACACAUUCUAAAUUUGACACAAAAAUGACAUAUAAAUAAAUAUUGAAACGUCACAUUUUUUGAUGAAACGAAACGGAAAUGUCAUUUUAUUGCAACAAAUAAUAAACAAACUCGGCGAAUUCAAUUGCAAAAUUAUUCAUAUUUAACAAAAUAUGGCAUUUAUUAUAAGUUCGUAUUGUAAAGGUGUGUUUGAUUGCAAUUAAAAUAAAAUAAACAAAUAAAACGCAAUGCUUUUCCUACAACAAGUGACAGUUCAGAGUUCAAUUUAAUUGAAUUCAUUAUUAAUGCAAAAAAGAGUGUUUUUAUAAAGUGACAAGUAGUGCAUAUUUAUUACGUAAAUUCAAUUCUAACAAGUCAGUAUUCAACAAUUGUGAGAAGUGACACGAACAACAACAGCAGUUGCAGCAAAUAGAAAAACAUCAACAACAAAACAUCAUAAUCAUGCAUGUCUACUACAAAUUUGGAUUAUUUCUUAUAUUUAUUCUUUCUGUGAGUCAAAACUACAGCAAAGCAUUUCCAUCAUCAAAUCAAACAAAUAGCUCCGAUUAUAAUUACGAUGAUUAUUAUGAUGAAGAUGAUAAAAUAAUAACACCUCCACCAAGUACAACUAAAAAACCAACAAGUAAAAAUUUCCUAACCGAAUUAUUCGAUAGUGCAUUAAGUGAAUCCAAUCAAUCAUUGGAUAGAGAAGAAGAUCUCCUUACAAAAAGUAAUGAAACACCAAAAUGCCCAAAUGAUUGCAUUUGCCGCAAUGACAACAAAAACAUCAGCUGUUCUGGUAUGGAUCUAACAUCCAUACCAACAGACAUUCCCCCAACAGCUGUAAUUUUAGAUUUAAGUCACAAUAAAAUAAGUGAAAUCCCUGUGGGAGUAUUUAGCAGUAAUAAAAAAUUGAUGGAAAUUAAUUUGGAUUCAAAUAUGAUAACACAUAUUGACAAGGAGGUCUUCAAUAGUCUAUCUAAUCUAGACCGUCUAUCUCUAGCUAAUAACAAACUCACUGAUAUCUCAGCGGAUACAUUCAGUGAUGCCACUGAACUGAGAGUACUAAAUUUGAGUAAUAAUUCAAUUAUUUUGCCCAAAGAGGGUUCAUUUUUAAAUCAGCCGGCAUUAAGAGAGCUUUUACUCAGAAAUUCAAGUCUGACAGAAAUAUACGAUGAGACAUUUGCCAAUUUGAGUGGUUUACAUACACUCAAAAUGGAUGGAAACUUUUUUGAUAAGAAAAUCAAUACAAAGGCUUUUCAACCUUUGAAAGAACUCAUCAAACUAAAACUACCCGAACUGAAAGAAGAUAACAUCCAAGAGCUCUGCAAUAUUUUAAAAGCAAUUGACAAUAUAAGCCUUAAAAGGUUUGAUAUUAGCUGUUACCAGCUGGUUAAUGGAGACACCUUUAAUCAGAGCUUAAUUGCUGUCACAGAUGCGCCAUCUUUAAAACCAAGCACAAGUAAGUUCGCUUUUUUCUAUUGUUCACCUCUUUUUUUUUCCUGCCCACUCAGUGACUGUGUCGGAAUGAGAGACAGGGGGGGAUAUAACCAGUUCAAUUGUUUUAAACUUUUGUUCUUAUUUCUUCGCUAUGACAGCUACUUCCAAGCCAACCCCGACAAAGUCAGUCAUCGCAUCAGCUGUGAUGACGAAUGCCAAUUUAACCGAGUUGGACAGUGCCAGUGACGGAGACACAGCAGCCAUGGAAGGAACUAAGUUGCCAGACAUUAUCGCUACGACGACGUCAACGUCAACUGAGAAGGCAGCAUAUCAAGUGCCGAUUUCGCAAGAGGCUAUCAAUUACGCUUUG